AUAAGAAAGACAACCCACUCAAAUAAUAAUCACCACAAACAUUACACUUCUAACAACAAUGAGCCCACCAGAAAAACAUCCUCCGCCGCAGCUCCAACCACCACAGCUCCGCCGCCGACACUCCCUUUCGACACCUUUACCCAUCCCAACAAAACUCACUCUUCCACGACGAAACGGCACCGUUUCACCCUCAUCCUUUGAGCUCGCCUCCCUCGUCAAACCUACCUCUUUAUCCUACACUUCUUUCAAAGACCUCAUCCCUUGCUCCUCUCUGAACUCCCCCACCGCCGGAUCCGCCACUAACUCCACCUACGAAAUCUCCAUUCGUAACCGUCUCGUCAAGCAAGCCGCAUGGGCCUACCUUCAGCCCAUGUCUUCCUCCCCUGACUCCUCCGCCCCACACUUUCUCCACCGCCUCUUCACCUCCCUCUCUUCCUGCUUUCGCUUCAUAAAUUCUCAUAUCAUCUCGCCAUUAUCUCAAGCCAUUAACCAAAUUUUCGGGCGGAGCCGGAGGCGAGCUUGGAGGAGGCUGUGAUUUGGUGAGGCGGGGACGGAGGGGGAAUCUGGGUAAGGGUGGUCUUCGGGAAUAGUGGGCUCGGAUGGGGUCCGAGUGUGGACUUUGCCCAAAUGAGACUUCAUGGGCUCCGUUACGACCCGGCCGAUUGUUGGUGAAGAUGGUUGUGGCCCAGUUGAAGAUGACCGUUUCUUCUGCUUUCCCGAAUUCUGCGUUCCCCGCGGCGUCUGCAAUUGUUUUACAGUUAGUUUUUCUGUUAGCAACCUUGUGUAUAUUCCGAAACUUUCAACAUAAUUAAAGAGUGCAAUUUUUGUUCUA